CAUACCUAGGCUUGAAGGCGCUCCUGAAAGCAUCUUCACUAAUAGCUUUCUCCUUCAGAGUCCCUCUUUUUCAUCCAAAACUGGACCCCAUAUCUUCUCUACCCAAACCCUCGCGAAGCAUGGUCACCUCCAACCAAACCAUCAAGUUCCUCUGCAGUUACGGCGGCAAGAUUCUUCCUCGUUAUCCCGACGGAAAGCUUCGUUACCACGGCGGCGAAACCCGUGUCCUCGCCGUUGACCGGUCCAUUUCCUUUGCAGAGCUGUUGGUGAAGCUGGGAGAGUUGUGUGGGAAAUCGGUGUGUCUGAGGUGUCAGUUGCCGACGGAGGACCUAGACGCUUUGGUGUCUGUCACCUCCGAUGAGGAUCUCGCCAAUCUCAUCGAGGAAUACGAUCGAGUCGCAUCACCACCCGCGUCUCUAAAGAUCAGAGCCUUUCUUUCGCCGCCCAAAUCCAUCAAAAAAAUCUCUCCUCCCCCGUCAUCGGCUUCCUCCUCACAAUUAUCUGUCGCCUCUGCUUCGCGGUUUACCAUGCCGGCGGCCGUUGAUCUUUGCCACCACCAGAUCUCGCCGCAGGUCAAUGAGCAGAUUAAAGUUUGGCUGGCAGUAUUCGGAAGACUGGGGCAGCAAUUAGCACUGCAUAGUGUUGCAGGGUUAAUCUACCAGAGCAAAUGCCAUUUGAUUUGCAAUGAUUUUCGGUUUGCGACACAAUUAUAAAACAUGUAAUUUUUGGUGAAAAAUGGACCGACCCCUCUUUAAAAUAUGAUUUCCAUCCAUCUGUCACCUAGUAUAUUCACAGGGUGAUUGCAUUGCCCUCUCUAAUUGUUUGGAACAGAGUCUAAUCUGAUUUGAUUAGGUUUGUCCAUGCUUACUGGGAAUGAGUCCUUCAAAAAAUGGGUUCUGAGAGAAGAAUGAAGAAUCAUGAUAUUUAAUUGCAUAUUUUUGUCCCCAGAUUAUUUAAUGCUUUCAUGAUAUAGUUUUUUUCUUUGGACAGAAGAUAUGGACGAUGACUACAGGUGAAGUGUGGUCUUCAAUUUGACUAGACUUCAUUAACAGACAAGGCACUUAGUUGGAGCCAUUAGUGGCGGUUCCCAACAAACAAGUAAUUCUGGAUGUGGCUUCAUACUCAUGGUAGCCCCCCUCUGCCGAAAUUUAUUGAACAUGGAAGGAAGCCAUAAGCCAUAAGCCAUAUGGUGUGUCCCACGACAGCUGGAAUUGAAGUGGGGUUAACGAAAUUAAUACAACCUAAGAAAGGAGAGAAGUACAAGAAAAGAAAGAGAAAAAUAAAGAUAAAGAUAAAAAUAAAAAUAAAAACAAAACUAAAGGAAGAAAGAAGAAGAAAAAAGAGGGGGAAGAAAGAGAUCCUCCUUACGGCCUUGCCCGAGGAGGGCCACGAAUUUGGACACUGAGGUGGGUGUCCACUCACGUAGCAUUCAGGGGAAAAGAUUCCCCUUAGCUGUCCUAGUUUUGAAAGGAGAGGAGACGAAAUCAUUGGAUUAAAUUAAAACAAAUAAAAAAAUAAAAAAGCCAAUUAAAUUGAAGAUGAAAGGAAAGUGGUUCAAGUAGGCGGAUGGCAGAUGCUACCCCACAGGACAUGAUAUUUUUUAUUUUCCUUAAAAAAGAAGACUGAUGGAAAAGGAGAGGAUGGUAUCCACAUCAAGAGCGCUCCGUGUGUAAUCCGCGUUUGUGACUGUAAAGUCGUGAUUUAGAAGCAGCAAAGAUUCAUUGGCGGCCAGGCCCAGGCUUAUUAAUGAAGGUUGUUUGAUUUUAGGGUUCUGGGGCCUGCUGUUACAUCCCACUUGGAGUUCACAUUCUUGCUGUGUUGGUUAGUAUAGGCCCUGAUAUCAAAAUCAAACCGGAAAAAAAAAUGCAUAGUAUAGAACUGGAGAUACAAAAACUUCCCCUUCAUAAAUAAAAUUCCUUUUAUUCAAAUAGUACAUAGGAAUAUUAUUGUUGAGAACACAUCAUAGGAUUCAUAGCAGAGUAAUCACUUUAAUUAUUUCAUACUUCUAAUCUAUCAAAUCUGAAAAUUAUACAAUUUUUUAUUCUUAUAAUGGAGCGAGCUUUUAUGGUCAAGUCCUUCGGACUUGUCAUGACUGUGUACCUGUACCACACAUCCCAACAUUCACCUUCGCUAACUAAAUUCUUUGAUUGUAGAGCUCUUUGGAAUCUCCAAAAAAGACUCCAACCAUCCCACAACCAACACCAGAUAAUUUAUUCUUUGACAGUCAAGCUCUUUGAAUUUUCUAAGAGGACUCAAAUCAUCGCCUCAACCGACACCAGAUCAUAUUCGAAGAGCAAGGCCGUGUGCCGGGCAGUGGACCUGCCAGGAAUUUUUGGGGGGACAAACAUUGUAAUAACCAUGGAUGAGUUUUAGAAAUAGAUAUUAUUGAGUAA